GAGUGUCUUCUACCUGUCAAUUGUUACCAAUUAUUAUCAAUAUUUAUAUUAAUAAAUUGUAAUAAAAAUUUUUUAAAAAUGUCUCGAGUUUCUGUCGUGAUUGCUUUCUUAGCAGUUUCUGCAAUGGUUAUUUCCAUUAAAUCUGAAGAGAUUCAUUUGUAUACGGACAAGUAUGAUUAUAUUGAUUAUGACGAGAUUUUGGCAAAUGACCGAAUUCGAAAUCAGUAUUACAACUGCUAUCUAGGAACUGGUUCAUGCCUUACUCCUGAUGCCAAAUUUUUCAAAGACAUGUUCCCAGAAGCCUUGGUUACAAAAUGCAAAUACUGCACCGAAAAGCAAAAAAACGGCUUUGAAAAGAUUGUCACCUACUACACAGAAAAGGAACCGGAAGCGUGGGAAAAAGUUCUCAGAAAGGCGAUCGAAGAUGCUCGAAGUCGAUCAAAGCAAUAAAUAAAAAAAAACAGAUUUAUAUUUAUUUUGUAAAAAUGUAAAAAUUCCAUUAUACAAUAGUUAACUCUAGAGAAUAUCAAUCAAGUUUGUUUAUAAAAUGUUAACAAGUCAAU